UCAACAGAUGGCAGCACACGUCAGGAAAACAACAACAGCUGUUUCCUGGCAUUAGCUGUCUAAUUCGUCAUAGGCCUAUCCACAGUCAUCUCCCGAGUAUUCGUGUAACCUGACUGAUUGAAUGAGUGAAUCACUAAGUUUGUCGUCAAAAGUGUUAAAAUAGAAGCACGGGAGGGCGACGGAACACUUUGGAGAGGUGGGCAUCGCCUACUUGACGAGAAAAGCUCACAUGGAGCACCGGUGGCGACAUUAGGCUAAUCGUAUCCUAGUUGGCAAACGGAGCCAUAGUCUUGAAAAAUACAUGAACUUGACACUAUGGCUCGGAGGGAGCCAGAAGAACACCAGUUUGUGCACAGACGAACCGGGCAUGUUAUGGUGGCAUACAAUGAACGUCUGUAUGUUUGGGGAGGCUUCAUGGAAUUGCCACAUGACGAACCAUAUACUGUUAUGACACCAAGUCAUACCAUCUACCAUAGUGCGAUUGAUGUUUGGGUCUUUGAUCCUCUUUUGGAUACAUGGAUUCGAAAAAUGAGUAGAGGAGACAUUCCCCUUCAGUUGUCAGGUGCAUGUGCAGCGGUUCAUAAUCACUACAUGUAUAUUUUUGGAGGGUGGGCUAAUGAAGAGGAUGAUUUUUCUGUAACUACAAAUUGUCUUUGGAGGUUGUUUUUGCCAACUCUAAAGUGGGAACUUUUAAAUCCUGAUGGAGAUCUACCACUGGCCUGUGAUAAAUCAGCAUGUUGGGUUUACAAAAACAGAUUUUACGUGUUUGGAGGUUUUGGUCCUGCAGAUGAUUUGGGUCCCAUUGCCAAAAUGAAAGUUAGAUUUGUUCGUGAUGGUGUUCAUAGCCGAGGGUGGAACGAUCAACUUGUUUAUUAUGAUAUUGACACAAAUACAUGGGUAUGGCCGCAGACAUAUGGACCAAGGCCAACGCCAAGAGCAGCCCAUACAGCUGAUAUUGUUGGGGAUACGGUGUAUAUAUUUGGUGGACGUUUCAAGAAUGAUCGUAUGAAUGAUCUUCAUUGCCUUAAUUUGACCACCUCAAGAUGGAGUGGCAAUCUUACAGAUACUAGAGUACAAAAUGCUCCCGAAGGAAGAUCUUGGCAUACGUUUAACUUUAUUGAUGAUACUAAAGCAGUCGUUUAUGGUGGUUUUAAUGUAACGCAGCAAGUACUAAAGGAUGUAUGGAUCUUGAAUUUGGAAAAGGAACGUUGGGAGCAGUUUCAUCAUAAAAAUGCAAAACCUGCACUUUGGCACACCUCAGGGGUAGCUUUUCCUGGAGAGGUGUUCUACUAUGGAGGCUUGAGGAACAAUAUUCUGGAUUAUUCUGUGCCUAAGGACCAUGCUGAGGAAAUGUUGGUGCUACGUUUUAGUCCACCUUCUUUGCAGAGGUUGACUUUUGAAGCCAUCUGUAAACACAGCGGGAUACUUCUUCAGCAUAUGUCAUCUUUACCACAGAAUUUACAGGCGAUUUUGAAAUUUCGAUUUGCUUCAGAUCGAGUAACCUAGCAAGGAAUUUUGAGUAUUUUCUCUUAAAAUGUUAUUCUUAGGAACCAGAUGACAUGACUGGAUUAGUUGUGAGUACUGUUAAUUUUUUUUAUUUAAAGAAAAAUUUUGUUUAUUUAAAAAUGAAUUGUUGAUGUGAAUUGUGUUGUUUUUGUAUUUUAUACCACUGAAUUUGGGUCAUGAAAAGGUAAUUAUAAAUUACUUUUAUAUGUAUUUAUGCAAAUUGCAUAAGAAAGGGUAUGUUUUAUGUCAUAACUAUACCUUGAAACAUACAAAUAUUUUUACACUGUAUUCCUAAAACUAGUAUAAAACCAGUUCCUAGGCAUUGCUACUUGGUAAUGAGCCAGAUGGUAUUAGAGUCAGAUAAAUUGUUAGAAGAAUAUCAAACCAUUUGUACACAAAAUUAUGGUUUCUAGGCGACAAGUUGUAUAGUAUGGUAAAAGGAAUAAACCAAAGAUAUUUUUUUUUUACAAUUAUAGCCUUCAGGAACAUUACAGGUUUAAAUACAGUGUAGGGCCUUUUUUCAUCAUGAUACAGUGUGUUGAGAGUCCAAUUUAUUAAAGGGUAUGCAGCCCCCAUUCAUCCACUUUGUCCAACUGCCAAAGAAGACUAGAUGGAAAGGUUGCAUUACUGUCUCCAGCACAAAUUAAUUCUUUCUAUGCAGUAAUGUAUGUAUGUAUGUAUUAGUUAUUAUCAACAACCUUGAUUUCCUUUUUUUUUUUUUUUUUUUUUUUUUUUUUUUUUUUAAUGGAAACUUCUUGACUUUCACUGGUCAUCUCUUCCAAUUUUUUUUAUUGGAAUCUAUUUACUAGUCACUAAGUUAGUCAUUUUCUGGAAACCAUUAACAUUAAAUUAUAUUUUUUAUUUUCCAUUGACAUUUUUACAAGUGGCAGUUAUUACAUGCUAUAUGCUGAAUGACAAAGGUAGUGGGAAUUUUAAAGUUACUUCCUGAGAAAUAGUAAAUAUGACAUUUCUUCUUUUGAAGCACAAUGUAAUUGAAAAUAUUUUGGUUGUUAAGAGUGAUUUUUUUGCUAUUGAGAUCCACAAGCUAAUUUAUGGUUGUUAAGAGUGAUUUUUUUGCCAUUGGGAUCCACAAAGCUCUCGGCUGGUGUUUGUUUUACAGAAAUAUUCAUUAUUUAAUAUACCAGUUGAUGCACUUCCAAUGUGGCAGUUUUCUUUCUUAAGUCAGUACAGGUAUAUGAAAAUAUUAA